UCGGUUUUCCACUCACAAUCAGUUGGCGUUUGCUGUUUCGGAAACCGCAGAUUGUGACCCGGGUCACAUCGAACUGACCUUUCUGUUUGAUUAGCUAGGAAGUGUAACACGGUGGUGAGGAAGUGCCUAGUGUCUAGUUUUCCCCUACUGCCUUGUGUAACCCUCCCAGAGGGAGGAGGAAAAUCACCGAGAAUCCGAGUGCACUUCACGCGCGUAGGAGGUUCGGUAGCCGAUUUGCUAUUGCACCCGGAGCUUUUGUCAAACUGAGGUGGGCGUUUCAGCUUUUCGGAAGACGUGACCAAGUCCGAGGAAUACGUAAGGACUAUCUUUCCUGGUGGUAGAAAAGCGUGGUUUCAGGUGAAAAUGAGCAAACAAUAAAGGACACUUUCAGUGAAAUACGUCAGUGCAAGUUUUGUGAGUGCUGCUAAGGUGACAAUCUAGAAAAAUUCCACUUCCUGCUGCCCAGACAGCCAGAGGUGGAAGAACACAGCUACAAUCCUGAGAAACCAGCCUCAAGGACCGUCAGUCGCUGGAAAUAAAUUGUACUCACGACACCCCCUCAACAUGGCACUGCUGAUCUACAGCUCGUUGGUCCUGUGCUUGGGAGCAGCGUUAGCAUCCCAGCACUCACCCUAUUCACUUCAGGCCGCCGUGGAUGCUCUGCACCGGCGAGAAGCUCAACUGGCGCUGCAGGAAGAGGGCAACGGCGAAUCGUUAGACGAUGAAGGCUACUGGCUAGAGACAUCCGAUGGGCAACCGGCGGCGUACCGACCGAACCGGCAGCAGUGGAACAAGAUCCUGGCCAGUUAUUUGCGGCGGGAUGAUGACAUGGACGAGGCGCCGUACGACCCGUACGAACUGGAGGCCCGCAAGCGGUCCGUUUUCCGUGAAAGGGACGCCCUCGCCGAACUGCCUCCGUAUCCAACAACCGUGUUCAGGGAGCGUGAAAUGGAAAACUCGUACCAGCCGCGUCCGGAUUUAUCGAACGAUUUCCUCAAAGAAAUCGACCGUCAGGCCAACCUUGAACGGGAAGCCAAGUAUCUGGAACAGUUGAGACAGCUGUGGGACAAGUACCAGCAACAGGAGAACGAAAUUGAGCAGGAACUGUUCGACGAAGACCGAGCUGCCGCUGAAGAAGCGGCCCUCGGUAGACAGUACUACGAGAAACGACAGGGAUAUCCAACGGUUUCCCAAUCGGAAGCCGCGGCCAUGUACUACGGUCCUCCGAUGGAGGAAAGGAAACGAACGCUUCCGAUACUUCCAUGGCUGCCGGCGACUCGCAAGAAGAGAUUCCCCGUAGCUAAGAGAUCACCUAAGCCGGAAGCAAGCGCAUCGGGAACAGAUGAGAAAGUUGCUAAGGACUUGCAAGCUCUGUUCGGCGAACCAGAAGAGAGCAAGAAAAAACGGUCCGUUGAGCCGGAUGUAGAGAAGAAGCAAGAUAAUAAGACCAAAUCGCACGAGAAGCGAGUUGCAAGUGGUGAACAUGAGGAACACGAAGAACGAAGCUCCGAGGAAGACCAUGAAGAAGAUGAUCACGAUCACGAACAUGACCAUGAACACGAUCAUGACCAUGAUCACGAUCACGGCCACGACCACGAACAUGAUCAUGAGCACGAAUCUAGUGAAGAAUUCGAGGGUGAAGAUGAUGACAAGAAGAAGAAGCGAUCGGUAAAGAAACGAUCAAACCUGGAGGUGGUCAAGGAAGAUCAGAUUAUCCCUGGUGACAUCGGAGAGUUCAAGGCGAAGAAGUCCAUCCAGUGGAACAAGUAUUUUGGUAUUGAUCGGAGGAAAAAAGAUGGUCGCAGCAAUGGAGCGUAUCCGCUAAGUUUCUACAAGACGUACGACGAGGAUCGUAAGAAGAAGGCACUCAGUCAGGACAAGUUGGACAACAUGGAUCGCAAGUUGAAGACGAUCGAAGAUUUGAUUCUGGACCAGACCGUUAAGUACACCGGAGAUCAUGAAGGUGGAUUGAUUGAACCAGAAGAGUUGCAGAAACUGAAGGACAAAGUGGUCUCGCGUCUUGCCACAGCUUACAGCAUCGAGAAGAUGCGUCGUACAUUAGACAAGUUGAAGGAAUCGGUUGGCGACGAUGCAAACCCACUGAAGGAUAAUGAGAUCGAUACGGACAAGCGCGAUGACAAGAAAGAAAAGGCAAAGCGUGUCGCCGUCAAAAAGGAGAAAGCGGAGUACGAUCAUAGCGAACACUCAAUGGAACCGCCAGAGAAGGUCAGCAAAGAUGCAGUGGAAAAUGACUUGAACGAUUUGGACGACGACAAGAAGAAGAAAAAGAAGAAGCGCUUGAGCAAACGCUACCAGGAGGUAUUCCGUAACGAUUUCCCAGAUUUUGAGGAAGAACAGGGAGCCGGACAUUAUGCCCCAGCCGGUGACAGCUAUGGAAGAAGUUUAGCAGUUGAAACCAAUGAAUGUCCCCUUCUGGAUGCCUUGGAACGCAGAUGCAGAGGAGUCGAUGUACUGAGUGGUGACAUCUACCAAGAGCUGCUACCCGCCUGCGGAGCUCAUCAGUUGUGCUAUCUAUGCGGCACCCAGCAGAACGUUUGUGACUUCCAGUAUCUGACUGAGGCAGAUACGAUCUGCGAGGGACAAUCGAGUUGCCUAUCGACGGCAAGGUCCGCUUUGAUGAUUCUACGUGGAUUCCCUGGUCCUCAGCUAGGACCUCGAGAGUGCUCCAAGAAUCCUUGUCUCUACCGAGCGAUGAUGGAGCUCGGUGUAAGCGGAUUGUAAGCGCGUUCGAAGUUGGAUUUGAUUCACUGCAUCGCACCAACACAUCUUCGCACCACGGCUGAGCGAAGGCAUUUUUAGGUUAUGUCUCUUUGACAUCUAUGUUAGAUAUCUGCUAAAAAAAAUAAUCGGAGUUCCAACUGAAAAAUCGGAAAGAUGGAGGCCCCCAGUCUGCCUUUUGUCCGAUGUCGCAUAUCGAGCUCUACAGCAACUCUUUUUAAUCCCUCACUGAAUGUGUGUCUGUUGAAGCAAGUUAAUCUACCAGCCAAACUAAGAUGUAAAGUGUAGCAAGCAUCUCUCGGGAGUGGGUGUCACUAAAAGGUUAGACAAAUAAUUUCACUUUUGUGAAGCUUUUCAACGAAAACCAGAAACAUCUUAUUUGCAAAUCUUUAGUGAUUCUUUGGCUAAGAUGUGACCACUGUUGAAAUAAUAAUCUCAUUAUACUUUAGUCCAGGUGAUACAUUUUGCAAAUAUGUAUGGUUUUUAAUAAUUUAUGUAAUAAAAGGUGUUAUUUACAUAUAUACUAAAACCAAAUGAUGGUGACUAUGCUAUAAAAUCUAGUGUAAACACUUUAACAAUUCAAAUAUAAAAAUAAAUGUAAUUAUAUUUAUACUAAAGUGUACUAAACCAGCAUUGCAACCAAAGGAACCCAUCAAACAAAAACAUUGAAAAUAGAUUUCUCAUUAGUUUGGUCCCAACGACCUAGACGAUUCCUCAUCCGAUUGAAUAUUUAGACAAAGAAAAGGAACUAAAGAAAACAGACAAUAAAUUUCAAAACGAACCCAGACGACACAAACAGCACGAACAAGCAAAUAUAAGAAAAAAAAACAAGAAUAUGAAAUGUGUGCAGCUAUAGUAUUUGAAAUCUACUUUGAAAUCCAAUGAACACAUGAGAUUGAGAAUAACUACCUAACUAUGUAAGCUUUAGUUUUACUCUCCUAAAGGUAUGAUAAAAGAUACUGAAAUAUUUAAAAUCAUUCCCAACUAUUGAUAAACAUUGAAAAUGUACUGUGGCAACACUUUGAAAGUAUUGGUGUUCGGGUAUAAAAAAAAUUGAAACAGAAAAUCUACCAUGUUAUCUAAUAAAGAAAUGCAUCAAACACUUAUGGGUCAUAGGUAUUUAAAUCAAUGAAACUGAAUCCAGAUAUGGAAAACAAGUGAAACGAAUCUAUAUCUAUGCAUAUACAAAAUCACACACAAACACACACACUUUCACAAAACCUAAACCAAAUAAAAGUUUAAAGUACGAAUGGAACACAA